AUGUUUGGUUGCGCAUUAUUGCAGGACGAGACAUUUGAAACUUACAAGUGGUUAUUGGAAACAUUCAUGGCAUCCAUGAAAGAUAAGAAGCCAAUAUCAAUAUUGACGGAUGGCGAUGAGGCGAUGCGUAAAGCCAUUGAUGAUGUGUUUCCCAUGUCUAACCAUCGGUUGUGCUCAUGGCAUGUGUCAAGGAAUGCACAGAAUAACUUGAAGGAUGAUGAAUUGCUAAGAAAUUUUCAGGCAUGUAUUUGGGAACCAUUUGCAUUGGACGAGUUUGAGAAGAAAUGGGAGGUUUUGAGGGAAAGAGCGAGUACUUCGAAACAAAAAGAAUGGUUGGAAAUGAUGUAUGAAAAAAGAGACUCAUGGGCUAAAUCAUGUAUGAGAGGAAAGUUUUUCGGUGGUAUGUACACCACUCAACGUGUGGAGUCCAUGAACAAGUAUGUGAAAGAUUACUUGAGAAAAGGCGUGAAGUUGUUUGAAUGUAUUCUAGCACUCGAUAGGGCUAUGUUACGUCUUAGGAAUAACACGGCGAAGGAUGGUUUCAACGCAAAGUACUCAACAUCAGUCCUUAAAACCGCAUUGACAAAACUAGAGCAACAAGCUUCUCUGAUUUACACGCAUAGGUGCUUUGUAUUGGUACGUCAUGAGAUCGAAUCUUGUUCAGCACUCACCCAUGAUAAUGUGAUGCAUAAUUUUGGAGGUCGUGUAUACGUAUUGUCCAAAUAUGGUGAACCGCAUAAUAAUUGGACUUGUGUUUACCACGGUGGGGAAAAUAUGCGGAUAGAGUGUGGAUGCCGGAAAUAUGAAAGUGAAGGGAUCCCGUGUUGCCACCUGUUUUAUGUAAUGAAGUGCGAGCACCUUACGGAAAUUCCUCCAGCACUCAUAAUGAAGAGAUGGACAAAGAGUGCCCAAACUGAUACAUGUAUGGAAUUUAUCGGCAAAGGUAAAGACACUACCAACGAAGUUGUAGAAAUGGCGAGGUAUGGAAGUUUAAAUGCUAUGUCAAACAAAGUUUGUUUUUAUGCAUCGAAGAGUGCAGAGGGUUAUGCCAUGUUGAUGAAUGAGUUUAGUAGAUGGGAGGGAAUUUGUGAAGGCUUACGGCAAAAGGAAGAAGAGACAAGUCUGAAAUUGGGUACUGCUGACCAAUGUCCUACAAAUAUUGUGAAAGAUCCAAAUAUGGUUAAGACAAAAGGCACUCAAGCAAGGCAAGGUGGAACGCGCAAGCGUCGACAAUGUCAUUUGUGUCGCGGAUAUGGACAUACAAAGCGUAAUUGCUCUCAAAGAAACUUGCAUCCAAGUAGAAAUGCAUGUGUCAAUAUCCCAUCAGGUAGUGAAAGCUAUCAGUAUAGUUCUGAUAAAGGGCCGUCCCCGGACAUUAGCUACAGUUAUCCUAGUCAAAUGGUUUCUCAAUGCAGAGGCAACUAUGUGGUUGAUUUGUCUAGUUCUGAUAGUUUUUCUACUGCAGACCCAACCGGUUCUACCCCGAACAGUGACGAUGGUUUCUCAUUCGACAAUGGUGAACCUAUCCCUAGGUACUGGUUCAACCCAAAACAAUUGUAG